AUGUCACUGGUAGAAUCUACAAAGAGAGAACUACAAAAGCUGAAAGAUGAUGGAUGGGACUCACUGAUGACUAAAGUUUCUUCCUUUUGUAUGAAACACGAUGCUGAAAUGCUCAUAAUGGAAGAAGAUUUUGUAGAUCCAAGGAAGCCAAGAAAGAGAACCAACAUAACCAAUAUGCGUCAAUAUAAGAUCAAUUGUUUCUAUGCUGUUCUGGAUUUGCAACUUCAGGAGUUCAAUGAUCGUUUCACCGAGGUAAACACCGAUCUACUUAUUUGUAUGGCUUCUUUAAGCCCUGUUGAUUCAUUCCAUGAUUUUGAUAAGGAGAAGUUGGUAAGAUUGGCUAAGUUCUAUCCAGAUGAUUUUAGCUAUGGUGAGCUUUUAUCUCUUGAACAACAUCUUGAUAUCUACAUCGACAAUAUACGUAGAGAUGAACGGUUUAAGAGUCUGAAUAGUCUUGGAGAUCUUUCUUAUCUGAUGGUGGAAACUUGA